GUCGUGUGUGAAAUCACAAAGUCGUCUCGACAUUUCUCCGAGACCCUCAGGACAAAACUCGGAACGUAUGUUUCACUGUAUCGACGUGUUUUACCACUUGCGAGUGAUUAAUUUAGCUUAGAAACAAAUAAUCAUGGACGACGACUGGGAUCUGGAUAAUAUUGAAGCAAAACUUGAACUUGCUCUGAGGUCAAACAAAUGGGAGGGCGAAGACGAGGAGGAAGAAGUUAAGGACAGUUGGGAAGACGUUGAAGAAGAAGAGAAGAAGGAUGUCGAGAAGCCAGCAGAGGUUCCAAAGGCUAAAUCGAAGCCUAAGAAAAAGGUCGCCGAGAAGAUCGAAGAACGAGAGAAAAAGGAUCGUGAAGAGGCUGAGAGAAAGGCCAGAGAAAAGGAGGAAGCAAUGACACCAGAGGAAAGGAGAGCAGAACAGCUGAGGAGGCAAAAAAUGGCUGAGGAGGCUGAUCUUCGUCUUGCAAUGGAGACAUUCGGCGUGACAGCUCUUGACGCCAUGAUGCCGGAUACCAAGGAGGAGUUUGAGCAGUUUGGUGAACAACUCAUAGCUAAGAUCAAUCAAUUCAACAAGCACACAGAGUUUCCAGCGUUUGCUGAGGAGUUAAUAAAUCGUAUAGCUGUGAAUCUUUCUUCGAUUUCCCUAAAAAAAAUAAAAACAACAGUGGAAAAUUUAGCGAUUGAGAAAUCAAAGAUCGAGAAAGGUGACAAAGGAAAGAAAAGCAAGGGUAAAGGCAAGGCGAAAUUGAAAAUUGAGGGUGAAAAUACUCAUCUCAGUGAGUACGGAUAUGACACAUACGACAACGAGUACGAUGACUUCAUGUAGCGGCCGUCCAUAGAAAAUCAUCUCACCCCACCAUCUAGUCGGCUCUACACACUUAUGCAAUGACAUAAAAAUUGAAUGAAUUUUCCAUGCAAUAAAUUUACGGAGAUUCAAAUCUGAUCGCAGACGAGACGGGACAGUGCAUUGAAUCCAAUAAAUGCAUAUUUUCAGAUUCUUCAGCUAUAAGGAUUUCAAAACACUGAAUGAAUUUAAAGGAAAUGAUGAAAAAUCAAAGACUCCGCUGUUGGUGUUGUUCACUAUUGAGGAUUUAUUAAGAAAUUAAAACAGUGAUUAUCUAUGUGUGUAUUGACGACGAAUUUACGAUAAUAACAAACACUGAUUUCCCCGAGUUUACGGUGCAGGACUAUUUCAGAGAUAAUUGAAUUAAUGUGAUUGUGGCUGGCAUGUUUUAUCGAUGAUGUUCACUGGAUUACGGGGACCCGCAAUACAGCUCUUGUUGAUACACUGGUUUAAAUAAAGAAAUGAAAGAUUGAAAAAAUAACAGAUGAAAAUAAUCCGUUGACAUUUGGUUUUGAAUUGCGCAUAUUUCUAAAUAAAGGUUGAUUACAAACUUGAA